AUGAAGUCAUUCGCUGCUUCGUUUUUCGGCCGCAGAGUCAACGUCCAACAGGCACAACGGGAAGGAAUGAACCUCUACGUCCGAUCUCUCAGGGAGCUCAACGAGAAUCUUUCUCGACCCGAGCGCUCGUCGGCUGGCCAAACCGUCCUCUCUAUAGCGAUCCUCACAAUGUGCGAAUAUCUCACUGCCACCACCGGGACUGGCUGGGUUCAGCAUAUGCUGGGGAUGACCGAAUUCUUCCGACUCCAAGGCUUUGAGAUUUUCAAAGAACCAUACAUCAUGUGGUCGUUCCAGAUUGAUCGAUAUUCCAUGAUUCUCGCCGCCAUCGCGGCCCGUUCUCAGACGUGUCUCGCCUCUGAAGAGUGGAAGACCAUUCCUUGGGAAAUUUCUGGAGUGAAAAAAGAUCCGGUAGGAUAUCUGGUCGACCUCGCUUCCGAGCUUCCUGCCUUGUAUGUGAAAUUCAAGCGUUACUUGAAAACAACGGAUGCAUACGCAAAGGCCGAACUGAACUUCAGUCUUGAGGCGGAUUUUGCUGACCUUCUUCAACGUAUGCGAGACUGGCACAACAAGUGGGAGCGUGAGGUUAAGCCUCAAGUUGAAGAGAUUCCGCUAUCACAAGCCGAGCAGCGAAAAUGUGGCUUUGCAACUACAUUAGUCUUCGACAAAUUAGCCGAAACUGGCUAUACAUUCGUCUUGUACAAUACCACGGUGAUUAUCCUUCUGGAGCUUUGGAAGACGCAUCGCAAGGCGCAGAUGACACUUUCCACCGGGACCAUCCCCGAGGGUGACGUCCGCCGGCUACCGGACAUUCCUGCUGAUGAAUUGACCGGCCAGCCCAACGAUGAACUCCCUGGAAUAUCCAGUUCCUCUCUGAUAUAUCAAGCGCGAAAAGCGGCUUUUGACAUCUGUCGAACAAUACCCCUUUUUAUUAUGCCAACGGGACCCUGGACCCACGGCGUCCAGAUGGUCAUCCCUAUCCGCAUGGCACUCAUUGUGUUUCGCCAAAAUGGUGGUAGUCCGCAAGCCGCUUGGCUGGAAGAGUGUAUGCAUCAGAUCGGCGGGAGGCAGCGAGGGUGGGAGAUUGGGAGAUACGCCAUGCAGGAAUAUGGAUAUUCAUGA